CACGAGAAGCCCUCCAGGCCCGCUUGAUCGAAUGGACUGGCUUCCAAUGUCUCCCCGGAAAUUCGAAUUCCUGCCGAGAUUUUGCACCAAAUUUGGCUGCAAGCAGUCGUGACUCUGGGAUUUCACAACGCAUAACUCCUUGGAAUUUGUAGCUGACUCUGUCCCCGAACGGAAAAAAAAGAAAACCAAAUUCAUCUUGCUCGGAUUUGAUCUCUUUCAGCCAUAAUGAAUUCCAUCUACAGGCUUGCAAACACGCUCUCUCACUUGGUCACGGAGCUGCAAGAAUUUUAUGCAAGGGUCGAUGCUAUUAGCGAUCCAAGAACUAAGAAAUGGCUCUUUGUACCAUCCAUAUGGUCACCCAUUAUAGCAGUUUUAGUUUACUGGCUUCUUGUUUGGCUGCUCCCAAAGAUUAUGAGGUCCAGAGAGGCUUUUCAACUCACAAGCUGCUUAGUAAUAUACAAUGCUGCUUUAACACUUCUGAAUUUAUACAUCUUUGUUGAGGUCUUGGUUGCAACUACAGAUGCUGGUUACAGUUAUUCCUGUCAAGAGCUCUCGAUGACUUAUAAGCCAAAGGAGAUGAGGAUUGCCUCAGUUCUUUGGUGGUUCUAUUUCUCCAAAAUUGUGGAGCUUUUUGACACAAUGUUUUUCCUCCUUCGUAAGAAGAACAACCAAGUAUCUUUUCUUCAUGUGUACCACCACACAACAAUGGUUUGUCUGUGGUGGAUUGGAAUCAAAUGGGUUGCUGGUGGGCAGUCCUUUCUUAGUGCAAUGAUUAAUUCUCUGGUGCAUGUAUUCAUGUACACAUACUAUGGGAUGUCGGCUAUUCCAAGUCUGCGGAAAUACCUUUGGUGGAAAAAGCAUUUGACACAGUUUCAAUUGAUCCAGUUCUGUAUUCUUCUGUGUCAUGGUGUUGUGUCACUUCGCGCCAAGUGUGACUACCCCCUGUGGAUGCAGUAUGCCUUGAUUGGUUACAUGAUCUCUUUCCUUAUCCUCUUUUCAAAUUUCUAUGUUCAGUCUUAUUUUGCUAAGAAGUUUAAGAAGCAAAAACCAAUUGAAGCAAAUGGAGAAAUUGUAACAAAUGGCUCAGCCAACUCUCUUGAAGAAAAGAAGAAACACUACUAGUCUGGGAUAUUUGCUAGGUCUGGUACUGUAGGCAGGGCUCUCAAGUGUCAUGCAAUGAGUGAGACUUACUCAAACUAAUCCAGAACUAUUAGUUCUCAGGCAAUUAAGGUUUCUGAUUUUAAUUGUUGAUUUUUGAACAGCAAUCUGCUGCCUUAGUUAAGUAGUUAUAAAAUUAAUGAUCCCUUUGUAUUUGCUUC